GGAAGAUGGCGCUCUCUGCCCGCACGGCUCUCGGGGGCGCAGCGGGGAGGCACCAUUGACUGGAGCCUAACGACCAUUAUUUCGUCAUCAUUUGUAACCAUGGAGCAUGAAUUACCUCUUGAAGUCAUCAGUGAGGAUUUACGACUGGUCAACAAAGGCACGUGAUUCCCGAACGCUCUCCCAUAUUUGGCCGCAUACCUGGCAAAGUACAGUAGGGCUUCAUUGCUUAUAAUUCAUGAUUGCAUCCAUAAAUCGUGCAAGCACACAGGAUUAUAGCGACAAAGAUCUACAAAUCGAGGCUUUAAAAAUCCAAGCAAAUGAGCUCUUACUUUGUAAACUCGUUCUCAGGGCGCUAUCCAAAUGGCUCCGACUAUCAGUUACUAAAUUAUGGGACUAACGGCGCUGUGAGCGGCUCCUUCAGAGACCCUGGCACCAUGCACUCCGGGUCUUUCGGCUACAACUACAAUGGCAUGGACCUAACCGUGAACCGCACCAACACCGGCAGCCACUUCGGUGCCGUGAGAGAGGAUGCCCGGGGAUUCGGGCCGGACGCCCGGUACAGACAGACACCCAACUGCUCGCUCUCGUCUCCAGAUCCGGUGCCGCCGUCGUGCGCCUCGGCCAGCCGGGAGCCGCUGGAACUAAAAAGCCCCUCUCCCCAGUCUGACCGGGGCACGACCUCGAGCGGCAACACGCUCAACAAAAGCAACAACGCUCAUUUCACGGAGAUAGAGGACGCCACCGUCGCCUCCGAGACCGAGGAAGGCGCGCACAGCAGCGGCGGCUCCAGCACGGCGACUCGGGCGCAGCAGCAGCAGCAGCAGCAGCAGCAGCAGCAACAGCAGCAGCAGCAGCAGCAGCACCAGGAACCCAACGCCACCUCCUCUACUCCCACAUCAAAUGAUUGCCAAACACCACAAAUAUUCCCCUGGAUGCGGAAACUGCACAUAAGCCAUGAUAUGACUGGACCUGAUGGGAAAAGGGCCCGAACUGCGUACACCCGCUACCAGACGCUAGAGCUGGAGAAAGAGUUUCACUUCAAUAGGUACCUAACCAGACGGCGGAGGAUAGAGAUAGCCCACGCCCUGUGUCUUUCCGAAAGACAGAUCAAAAUCUGGUUUCAGAAUCGCAGGAUGAAGUGGAAGAAGGACAAUAAACUGAAAAGCAUGAGUCUUGUAACAGGAGGCAGCGCCUUCCACAACUGAAUAACUUUUUGGGGAGAGUAAAAAUAAUAAUAAUUAAAUAAAGAAAAAGAGAAAAAAAAAAGAGAAACAAAGAAAGAAAGAAAGAAAUCCAUGAGUACUGUAAAGCUAUUGAAAGCGCAGCACCUUCCAGCAUGCUAUUGUGAUAGAAAAAGAAGUAUCCUGUGGUCUUAAAAUGCCAUUUUUAGUUUACUGUUGUUGUACUAUGAUAGCUUAGAUGUCCUAUUUGGAAAAAGAAGAUGUAAAUAUUACUGGGGGUAUUAACUGUCCAUGCUCUUUGCUCUGUCUUUAUCUCUCUUGAAGGUGUUUAAACUUGAGCUCUUUAUUGUAACUUCUUGACGGUCUAACAGGAGUAAAAUUCAUUGUACAGUUACACACACUCACACACACACACACACUCACACACACACACACACAUACACCCACACAAUGAAAAAGAAAAGAAAAAAAAGUUUCCAAACCAUAUGCUGCUCUUCAUUGAAUGUAAUGUUAUUCCGGGGCCAUUUAAAAAGCGCUUUAGUGUAACUUUUACUGCUAUUUUUGAUGGUUAAUCUCGUGGCCAAAACCAUAAACUUUCAUAAACAAAGCCAAUGUGUAGCUCUAGGAUAUUUUGUGCAUCUAUUAUUAUUAUUAUUGUUUAGAACUAAUUAUGAGCAAUGCAAAUGUAUUCAACCUGUCAAUGUGAUAAAUUUUUAGUGCAAAGGGUUAUUCUGUGGAUAGGCAGUGAUGUAAGCUUUUUUCGCCAAUAAGCUUUUUGUAUUUGUAAGUGAACUCAUAGCGCUUGGAAAUAAAGUUUCUCUCAAUUGC